UGUGGUGCAGAGGAAAAAAUAAACCCCAAAGAGGAAAAGAAGACAAAGUGAGCCUACUUUUCUAGAUACUGUUUCUGCUUCAACAGUGACCCUGCGUCAAGUUAAGCUUAGCAGUGUUUAGCAGCCUUCAACUUGACCACAACGUUGAAGUGAGAGCAGAACAUGGACGUGGUUGUGCGCAAAAACCACAGAGGACACCAGGAGUUUGCUGUCCAGGCCCAGCACUUGAAACUGUCGGACCUAGGACUGAGACUGAAAGCUCAGGGCUUUCACAACAAUUACCUCUUCAAAGACAACAUCCCAGAAUACCCAAGGCCAGAGUUCCGGGUCUCCCAGCUCAGACACGACACGAAUGAAGGCGGGCUAUUUGGCAUAGCCGUCGAAAGCCAAGGGGGGUUCCGUGCUAGGGGCCGAGAGGGGCCAGAGGGUUUGGACCUGCUGUGGUGGAGCUUGUCUUUGGGAGCGGAGGAGAUGGCCUCGGCUGAACAGCGUCUGCUCCAGGCCAGGUACCCUGACAGGACGGAGGAGCAGGCCAGGGAGCAGACAUCCUUCCUGCAAAGGUUCGCCACCUCACCUGCCUUCCUGGACACCUCCAGGCUGGGCUCCUACCGCUUCACCUUCCCCCUGGAGGAGCUGCUCAAGAGAUACCGGGAACAGCUAUGUGUUGGACACGAGCCAAUCCUGCGUGUGUAUGAGACAGUGCUGUACAAACAGGAGGUGAUGUACUCAGUGCUAGUCCACAGUCACUUCAACAACGACCUCUUUGAGAAGUACCCUCUCCUCCAGGACAACGAUGAUGGAGUCUGUGCUUACAGAGAUGGACAGAUCAUCUGGAGACCCGAGGCCAUGUGUGAGACACACAGCUUCAAACUGGUGUCAAAGCCCUACCAGAACCAGGAUGUAGCCCACCUGAUCCCUGAUCCACAGAAACACCAGUUCUACGUUUGGGACAACGUUACUGUAGCGUUCCACAUGGAUGAUUCACAGAUGUUGACCUUCGAUACAUACAAUUUGAGACACCAUCUGAGAUUCUGUGAGCCGGGACAGCCACCAAUUUCCCCCGACUGUGAGUUCACCACAUACGACGAGGCCAAGGAGAUGGUGGACUGCUAUUGGCCUUACUACCAUACCCCCCUGUUCUGAUAAACUUUCUACCACACCCCCCUGUACUGAUAAACUUUAUACUAGAAUGAUGAUGCAGCGGCCAUAACACCUGCAAAUCUGUGUACGCGACCAAUAAAUGUCGAUUUGAUUUUGAUUUGAUGAUGAUUAGGAUGUCAAACAGAAGGUUAAAGUUGUUAUGCUUUCAACAUGCUUCACUGGUUUAAACCCAGCAGGCUAAAUGUGUUUGUGCGUUUGUAACAUUUACAUUUUAGUCAUUUAGCAGACACUCUUAUCCAGAGCGACUUACAG